AUGAGUACGGACAAAGCCGAAGUCGUGGAAUCACCGCCACAAGGAGCCAGGUUCUUCCUGCGCAACCCGGUCCUCCGCGACUGGGUCUCCUUCAACCUGGAUGAGGUCUGUAAAGCCGAUACGAAGCUGGUGGAGACCCUGAGAACCUGCGGGGACAGAGAGGAGCCUGCCGACUCGGCCAUUGGGCGUGCCUUUGGAUUCGCCCCUGGCAAGACCUAUUGGGAUUUUAUUGCCAACGAUGGCGAGGGCGAGGACAAGGGCUGGCGGCAGAGACGGUUUGCCCAGGGCAUAAAGUGCCGCGCGGCCGGGAAUCCCCAGACGCACCACCACUUGCACUCGGCGUUUGACUGGGCAGGGCUGGGAGAAGCUACGGUCAUUGACGUAAGUAUUGUGCGCUGUGGGUGGCUCCGCGGGCAUGUAUCGAUCGAGCUGGCCAAGGCGUUCCCGGACCUGGAAUUCGUCGUCCAAGACUUUGAGGGCCUCAAGUCUUUCCACGAUGGCGUUCCGGAUGAGCUCAAGUCGCGGAUUAGCUUCGAAGCGCAGGAUAUCCUGCAGCCGAAUGCGCACCCUAACGCCGAUGUCUACCUUCUGCGCUCGAUUUGCAUGACUGACGGCACCCGGGUCCUGAUUGCCGAUUUUAUCGGGCCCGAGAAUACUCAAUCUGGGCCCAUGUGGCUGGAGCGUCUAUCAACCAUCCAGUCAAUGCAGAUGAUGACGAUGGUGAAUGCGCCCGAGCGAUCUGAGAAGGAUUGGAUCAACGUGGUCAAGCGGGUGGAUUCGCGCUAUUCGGUCAAGCCGAUGGUUACUCCUGCGGGGACUGCUAUGUCUGUUAUUGAGAUUGUAUUUAACGCCAGUGCGUAG